AUGUUUGUCAAACAAAAUUUAGAAAACCCGGAUUCUCUUGAUGAAGAACUGACUGAUUUUGUUGCAUGUAUCAAUUGCAAAGAACUCUAUAGCAAAACUACAGGAACGGCUACACUGAACAGACACAAAUGUGCCAGUGAAUUAAAGUCACAAAAAACAAUGGAGAUGUAUACUGAAGUAACUAACAAGAAAAAAAAAAUAAUACCGACCUAUUUAAAAAAUGAAACAAUUGCAAAAUGUGUUAAAUUUUGUUGUUUGGAUGUUAGACCAAUGUCUGCUAUUAAUGGUGAAGGUUUUAAGUGCUUUAGUCAAUUUCUAUUGGACACUGGUACAACAUUUGGAAGAACUGACAUAACUGAUAUUUUGCCUCAUCCAACUACUAUAUCUAGACAUAUACAAAAAACUGCUAAGGAAAUAUGA